CCAGCCGAGCGCGGCACACUUCCGGGGCCCGGCGCGCCGACCCUUCCCCGCUUCCCCUCUGCUCGUCCCACAGCAAUUGUCUAGGCGGGUAGAUUCGGGAGGAACUGCCCGUCCUAGGAGCCCGUGCGCCUGUGGAGAAGGGGCACUCGCCUCCGAGGUCUCCUGGAGGGGCGCUGGAGGAGGAGGUGGCGGAUAUAGGGACUCGAGGUCCGCCGUGGGAAUGAUCCACGAACUGCUCUUGGCUCUGAGCGGGUACCCAGGGUCCAUCUUCACCUGGAACAAGCGGAAUGGCCUCCAGGUGUCACAGGACUUCCCAUUUCUACAUCCCAGUGAAACCAGCGUCUUGAAUCGACUCUGCCGGCUCGGCACAGACUAUAUACGCUUCACCGAGUUCAUUGAACAGUACACAGGCCAUGUGCAGCAACAGGAUCAUCAUCCAUCUCAACAGGGCCAGGGUGGAUUACAUGGAAUCUACCUAAGGGCCUUCUGCACAGGGCUGGAUUCGGUAUUGCAGCCUUAUCGCCAAGCACUGCUUGAUUUGGAACAGGAGUUCCUGGCUGACCCCCAUCUCUCCAUAUCACAUGUCAAUUACUCCCUAGAUCAGUUCCAGCUCCUUUUUCCCUCUGUGAUGGUUGUGGUAGAACAAAUUAAAAGUCAAAAGAUUCAUGGUUGUCAAAUCCUGGAAACAGUAUACAAACACAGCUGUGGAGGUCUGCCUCCUGUUCGCAGUGCACUGGAAAAAAUCCUGGCUGUGUGUCAUGGGGUCAUGUAUAAGCAGCUGUCAGCCUGGAUGCUACAUGGACUCCUCUUGGACCAGCAUGAAGAGUUCUUUGUCAAACAGGGUCCCUCUUCUGGUAAUGUCAGUGCCCAGCCAGAAGAGGAUGAGGAGGAUCUGGGCAUUGGGGGACUGACAGGAAAACAGUUGCGAGAACUCCAGGACUUGCGCCUGAUAGAGGAAGAAAACAUGCUGGCGCCAUCUCUAAAGCAGUUCUCCCUGCGAGUGGAAGUUUUGCCAUCCUACAUUCCAGUGAGGGUUGCUGAAAAAAUCCUGUUUGUUGGGGAAUCUGUCCAGAUGUUUGAAAAUCAAAAUGUGAACCUGACUAGAAAAGGAUCCAUCCUGAAAAACCAGGAGGACACGUUUGCUGCAGAGCUGCAUCGUCUCAAGCAGCAGCCGCUCUUCAGCCUGGUGGAUUUUGAGCAGGUGGUGGAUCGCAUUCGCAGUACUGUGGCUGAGCAUCUCUGGAAGCUGAUGGUAGAAGAGUCAGAUUUACUGGGUCAACUGAAGAUCAUUAAAGACUUUUACCUUCUGGGACGUGGAGAACUGUUUCAGGCCUUCAUUGACACAGCUCAACACAUGUUAAAAACACCACCCACUGCAGUAACCGAACAUGAUGUGAAUGUGGCCUUCCAGCAGUCAGCACACAAAGUGCUGCUAGACGAUGACAACCUUCUCCCUCUGUUGCACUUGACAAUUGAGUAUCAUGGAAAGGAGCAUAAAGAUGCUACUCAGGCAAGAGAAGGGCCUUCUCGGGAAACUUCUCCCCGGGAAGCCCCUGCAUCUGGCUGGGCGGCCCUAGGUCUCUCCUACAAAGUGCAGUGGCCACUACACAUUCUCUUUACCCCUGCUGUCCUGGAAAAGUACAACGUUGUUUUCAAGUACUUACUGAGUGUGCGCCGGGUACAAGCUGAACUGCAGCACUGCUGGGCCCUCCAGAUGCAGCGCAAGCACCUCAAGUCCAACCAGACCGAUGCAGUCAAGUGGCGCCUAAGAAAUCACAUGGCAUUCUUGGUGGAUAAUCUUCAGUACUAUCUCCAGGUAGAUGUGCUGGAGUCUCAGUUCUCACAGCUGCUUCAUCAAAUCAAUUCUACCCGAGACUUUGAAAGCAUCCGACUGGCUCAUGACCACUUCCUGAGCAAUUUGCUGGCUCAGUCCUUUAUCCUGUUGAAACCUGUGUUUCACUGCCUGAACGAAAUCCUAGAUCUCUGUCACAGCUUUUGCUCACUGGUCAGUCAGAACCUGGGCCCACUGGACGAGCGUGGGGCCGCCCAGCUGAGCAUCCUCGUGAAGGGCUUUAGCCGCCAGUCUUCGCUCCUAUUCAAGAUUCUCUCCAGUGUGCGGAAUCAUCAGAUCAACUCGGAUUUGGCUCAACUGCUAUUACGACUGGAUUAUAACAAAUACUACACCCAGGCUGGCGGAACUCUGGGCAGUUUCGGGAUGUGAAAAUUUCUGGCUCACAAACUGAAAUAACAGUCAAUCCUACUGCAUUCCCAAGUCUGUAACAGAAGAUUCAAAACAAACACCCGUUCUCUAGCCCCUCACCAAUGUCUGCAGCCUACUGAGAGGGCUCUGCCUUUUCUCCUAGAAGCAAUUACUGAACAUCCGUGGGUACAAAUCCUGCCCCUUGUUCCCAUGUGGAAGGGCCUGCCCACCUUAGGGGGGCUCUUAACUUGUCCACCAAGGAGGACAUGUGGCAUCAGCUCUCCCUCUGCUGACCAUGCAAAAUCCGUUACACUGAGAACACUUGUCGGAGAUGUUCAUUUACUGAGCACCUACUGUGUGGCUAGGCAAGCAGCAAGAGACAGGGCAGUAAGUAAUACAGAUCAGAAAGUUAAAUAUUUCAUGGCUCAUGUGAAAAGGGAAUUAUAUUUAUAAAUAGGUCCACUGCUGGAUGUUACCACUAAGCAAAAAAGGCACCAGGUAAGCUAGGCUUCCCCUCACCCCACAGACCUUUCCUCCUUCAGAAAAUUGAAAUUGAGAGUCUUCCAUCCUUAGGGAUCUUCAAAACCAAAUCUAAAGAAUUUUACCAAUAACUUCCAAUUAAUUAUUUCAGAUUGGUAAAAGGGUAAUUCUAGCUAUUGACAAUGUAUUUAAAGUCUUCUUCCCCUUUACAAAGAAAAAAGGUCCUUAAAAAAUUGCAGGUCUAAUUAUCCCAUCUGGGAAGAACCACAGGAGUUGAGGUUCUCCUAAUCCAGCCCAACCAUCACUGGUGAUCAUUAAUGUUCCUAUCAGUGUGAACCAAAAUCAAUACUCAUGGAAAAACUCCCUCCAAACUGAAAAAGAAUGCAGCAUUCUGGUCCUCAUCUCUACAUCAUCUCCCACAUAAUACAUACCCUAAUUCCCUGCAGUUGUCGGCUACAGAUGACCCCUUCCACUGCUGCCUCUGGAGCAGAGGUUAGCAAACUACAGCCCGCCACCUGUUUUUGUAAAUAAAGUUUUAUUGGAAUGUAGCCACA